CCCGCUUUUUAUGAAUCAUAGCAAAGGGAGAAAUGGAAACUUGAUAUUCCGACCCCGGAGUGUAAGUCUCAGAAGGCGCUUUCUUUUUUUUUUUGCCAAUUCUUUAUGAAGGAUCGAAUUGUACCUUGUGCUGAAUGUCGAAAGAGCCGUCGUAAAUGUGUCCCAACACAAUCCCAUAAAUGUGUAAGGUGCGAACGAUUUGAAAAGGAAUGCACACCUGAAAGUAGUUCAGAUCAAGACGAUGAGGAAGACAUUGUUGACGACCUACAAAAGCAGGUUAAAAAACUCGAGAGCGCUGUGAAGAAUAUGGAAAUUCAGUUACGUACCAGCUGUCGGCGCAGAAAUACAAAUAAACUUCAAAAUGUGAUGCACCAGUGGAAAGUGCAACUAGAAAAUGGGACGUUUCGGAUAGAGACAGGUAUCCAAAAUAUUACGGAUCUCAUGUCAUUUCAAGCCAACCGUGUGUCCUAUUUGUCACCUUUUUCAGAAAAUCAAAUAAUGAUUCAAUUCAGUCGCAAUACCACCCGGCAGUUAUUGAUCCCAUUUACCUUGAGAUUGCUGGUACAAAAUUCUAAAAAACCAUCGAACGAAAAUGCUUCGUUUGAUUUACCUAAUAACUGGAAUUUAGACGCAGUUGUCAUGACAAUCGGCCAAUUAGUCGAAAUUUACUUCAAUUGCCAUUACUCAUACACACCAUUGCUGCAUAAAACUUCUUUUAUGGAAACAUUUAAUCAACUCGAACAUCCCGAAAACGAUCUUUUAUCGCUUAGCAUAUGCGCCAAUGUUUGUGCAAGUCCUUGCGAUCAUAUCCCAUGCCUGCCGUCAGAACGAAGAAUGCUAGGAGAUUACUUUCAUAAUAGGGCAAAGUCAAUUAUACUAGAUCAGUUUGACCUACCCGAAAAACGGUUAGAAAAUGUGAUGAGCAUCAAUCUGCUCACCAAAUACAUGCAUAUGACAUUGAAAUACAACGAGUCUCGGAAACUAAUAGGAUUGGCAUACCAAAUAUGCGUUGACCUUUAUCACGAUAACAGCGAAAGAGAUGAAUUAUACCAGAUGCUCUAUUCACGGCACAUCACAAUGACUUCCUACGUCAACAGGUUCAUGAAUUAUAUAUCGAGUAAUGUCGGACACGAUGUCCUGUUUUGUCUUCCAGAAUGGAAAUUCAUGUCUGACGAAUCGGAUGAAAUACAGAAAUUCGUCAAGGCGCAGAAUUGGGUAUUGCAAUUGUACAAUCACACUUUUGUAAAAGAGUUCCUGAAAAGUAUUAAUAAAAUUCAAUCAGGGUAUGAAUCUACGCUUAGUUUGGAAUCGCUGAUUCGUCUUGAAGGCGUUUUAUUAGAAUGGGGCUCACAUGCACCAGAAGUAUUUAAAUUGUGCACAGACAUGAAUGAUACGGACGCAUUACUAGAGAUCAUUGAUAAUACAACCGAUUGUGUCAUGUUAAUAUCAUUUAUUCAUUAUCAAUCGUUCAUCGUUAGCGUGUAUUCUAGUCUUCUACACCCUAUCACGCUAGGAGACAAUGACCAGUUACUUUCGAUUGUCCAACAGCGUUCUUUAGAAAAAUCGCUAACAGCCGGUCAUGUAUUGAUCCAUGCAGUUAGUCGAAUAUCUGCUAUAGCGGAAGGUACAUCUCUAUGUUACUACAAGCUAGCAGCAUGUGACUUUAUGUUUCAUGCGAUCAAUACUCUUUUGGUUCUAUCACUAUCAGCCAAUGUUCAUGUCUCAAGAGAGUCUCGCCAGAUGCUUAAGGCGUGUUUGGAAGAAGUGGUGAAGCAAAAGUUUAUGCAAGAACAAUUCUUGCCGAGAAAUGGCAGAAUUACCAACACCAUUGAUUUUGACGAUGAAUCUUCGUUUAAUUUAGAAAAUUACGAUGCUUAUGCUUUGCCUUGGUUUGCUAUGGUUUAUGAUGUGAGUUAUCACAUUGCUUCAUUAGAUAAACACCUUUAAAUUAUUCGGGUCUGUCAAAAUAAAUAAUAAAACCUCUGCCUAUAAAAAA